UUUCUAGCAAUCCGAAUGUAGCGCAGUAUUUGAGUUUUCCGUCUAUAAGAUGUAGCAUGCAUCGUGAACGUAUAAAAAGCAGACCACCUAUACCUGAUACAUUGACAUCAUUACGUGACAUUUUGGAACACUGUGAUAUAAUGAAAAAUGCAUAUAAGGGAAGCUUAACUACAGAUAAUCGAAAAACUGCAAUAAUUUUAUCUAGUAAUUCUCUACUAGAAGCUUUAUCGUCCGCUACUGAAAUCCAUGUCGAUGGAACAUUUUCUGUUCUUCCACGUAUGCCUCAUGUGGCGCAACUCUAUUCUGUACAUAUACGAUACACGAAUACAGGCAUUGGAACAUUAUUUAUAUUAUGUGAUGAGCGUUCAACUACUAUGUAUGAUGCUUUAUGGGACAAAAUUAUACGAAUGGUACCACAACUUAAAGAGAACGUUAAUUUUAUAAUGAGCGAUUUUGAAAUGGCUGCAGUAAAAUCCCUUAGUACAAAAUUUCCCAGAGCAAAGAUAACUGGAUGUUGGUUCCAUUUCAAUCAG